AUGAGCAUUCCUAAAUUUGUUUUUUAAAAAUAAGUACGAUCUUGCACAUUGAUUUCUUCAAAUUUUAACCCUUUGUGUUUAUUACUAAACUAAAAAACAAAAUUUUCAGAUAUAAUGAAAUUGAUCUAAAUUGCUUGGACAAGAAAAGUUAAAUUCAUAAGACUCUUCAAUACUGAUGGAUAAGAAGUAGAGGAAAGUGAUCUGAUAAACAUUACAAAAGGUACUACACUAUUUGUAGAACUGUGUAACAAAGAUAGUAAGCCAAAUAUUAUCUAAUAACAAUAUGAUAUCAUCAAAAAAAUUGGAGAAGGAGGUCAAGGUAUAGUUUUGCUUGGAAGGCAUAAAAUAACAAAGGAAUUAGUAGCUUUGAAAAAAAUUAGUUAGUAAACAUGGUCAGGUUAGGAAAUAGAUGGAGUUUCACAAGAAUAAUUAAUUUUGAAAGAAUUGGAUCAUAAAAACAUAGUUAAAUUGUAUGAAAACUAUUCAACAAGUUAAGCAACACAAAAUCAAAGAGAAAUUACAAUGGUUAUGGAAUAUUUGAAUGGUGGAUCACUCUUAAAUUAAGCUAAUUGUAUAUACUAUGUUUUAUAUUUAAUUAUAGCCAAAUUAACUGAAGGAGAUGCUAGACUAUAUUCGAAAUAGAUAGUUGAUGCAAUUGCCUAUUGUCAUGAAAAACAUAUUGUACAUUGUGAUCUUAAAUUAGAAAAUAUCAUGCUUACUUCUACGUCUUCUAAAGAAGUAGUUUUUAUUAAUUAAAAAUUAGAUUAAAAUUAUUGACUUCGGAGUUUCUACUUAUGCUGGACAAUAAAAAUAAAUUGAUAGUGUUGUAGGUACAUUAUCUUAUCUUGCCCCAGAAGUUCUGUCCUCUUCAUACAAAUUUGUAUAACCUUCUUAAGAUGUCUGGGCAGUUGGAUGUAUAAUAUAUGGAUUAGUAUUUGGAAGACUCCCUUUUGAUGGAAAUAAUCCUUCUGAAACAUAUAGAAAUAUAAUUUAAUGUAAUUACAGUAUUCCAAAAAAAACUGUCUCAAAGGAUUUAAUUAAUCUUUUAAGUCAGAUUUUUGUUUAUCAUCCAAAAGAAAGGGCUAAUAUCUUUGACAUUUAAACUCAUUCAUGGUUUAAAGAAUAGACAAAAUUAUUUAAAUUAACUUUAACUGGAAUAGGUUUUGGGAAUGGUAGAUCAUCAAGUGUUACUAAAUUAAAUUCUUAUAGAUAAUCAUAAGAUGAAGAUUAAAUAUUACUUAUUAGUAAAAGAAAGAUUAUCUAUAGUAGAAGAUCUGUUACUAGACUUGACAAGAUAUCAUUUGUCAAUAAAAUCAGAUCAUAAUGA